AGAUAGUUGUGGUGUCACGGCUGUCACAAGUGAUGGAUCAAGUGUAGAGGGUGUAGAGACUGUCAAAAAAAUAGCUGAUUCAGAGAAAAAUUUUCAUAUUUCAUAUUGAAAUCUAACAAAAAUUAAGCAGAAAUGGCUCGAAUUAAAAUUAUUCUUCCGGUGAUUGUUUGCUUACUGGCCGCAUUCUAUUCACAAUCGGUUCACUGCCGAAGUAACGAAGCCCCAGAGGACAAUGAUUUCGCCGAAUUUGAUGAUUUCGAUUCGGACGACGAAUUCGAAACGAUAUCCGAGCAUUCAGUUAAAAGUGAAAAGCAAUCGAACGUUGGUGGUGCUAAUGAGAGAAAUGACAAUUUUCAAGAUGCCUACGAUGAAAAUGAUGAGGACGAUGGUGUGGUUGAAGAGGAAAGCGAAUUUGAACAUUUCCGGGAUGAUGAAGAGUUCGAAGGUUUCAACAAAAAUGAUCAGGCUGUACCGGUUGAAACUGGUGAACCGAAACUCACAAUGGCCAAAGUACCUCUACACUUCCGUACGCAUUGGGACUCCUACUGGAUGGAGAUACUAAUGUUAGCCGGUUUGGCUGCAUAUUUCACCAAUUAUUUUAUUGGAAAGAACAAGAAUACGAAAUUGGCUAAUUUGUGGUUGUCGACACACAAAAGUCUCUUGGAAGACAAUUUCCUGCUGAUCGGUGAUGAUGGCAAAGUGGAAAACGAGAAUCCCGGUUUUGUCAAAGAAAGCGAGAGUCUUUACACAUUGUGGUGCAGCGGACGAACGUGUUGCGAGGGCAUGCUCGUCGAACUGAAAAUGAUAAAGCGUCAGGAUUUGGUUGCCAUUUUAUCUGAAAUCGUUCGACCGUCAACGGACCAACUUCACUUCAAAGUAGAAAUAUCUAAAGAAUCGAUGGAUCCGUUCGUAUUUUGUGUGGCAUCUCGUAGGACAGCAACCAAAUUAUUUAAGGAAACUGCUGAUUUAAGUAAAUAUUGCAUUCUAGUCAAUAAGCCUGAAGAUAAAUACAAAGUGCCAAGUGGAUUUUCUGUGUUAUCCGAACUACCUGAGGCCACAUCUGCCAUGUUAGAUUCUCGAAUUGUGUUAGCGUUAGCUAAAUUUGCAAAUUUGAUUGAUUACAUCCACAUAUCCGAUCAAUAUGCUGGAGCAAUUCAACAAGACGAUCCUGCCACGCUAAAGCAACCCGAAGUGAAACGGAUGCUGAUGGCCGGAUUCAAUUUACCGAAAAAUGCUGAUAUGGAGUCGGUGAAGCCGUUGCUAGUUUUAGUAUUCUAUAUGUUGGAAAGACUGAAAAGAUUUCGAUUGUCCAAAGAGGGCAAACAAAAGGCUGAUAAAAACCGUUUACGUGUAGAAGAAGAAUUUCUGAAAAGUACCCAUCAUCAACGCGCAGAGGCUGCUGCCGUUCGUCGUGAAGAGAAGAGAAAGUUGGAGAAAGAAAAAAUCAUGUCAGAGGACGAUCCGGAAAAGCAGAGACGAUGGGAGAAGAAGGAACAGAAGCGUCAAUUGAAGAAGAAAGCUCCGAAGAUGAAGCAACUCUCAAUUAAGGCUCUGUAAAAUCCAAACACGUGGAAAGAUUCAGUUUCAGAAAUUAAUAGUACGAUCAAAACCACCCAUCCUCAUUUAUCCAUUCUUGUUUUUUAGUUUUUGCAUUUUAUUUUUCGAAAUGCAAUGUAUCAUGAUUAGAUUAGUCUCUUCUUUUGUGCAUCGGUCACGGUACCGUUGGUCUUUUCUUUAUUUUACCUAAAUUGUUCAGGUUUUACUAUCGGUAGUGUACGAUAAAUAAAAGACGUUCGGGAAAGAUAAUGUAAUUUCUUAAUCAGAAUUGAAUAAAUUCGUAUCUUGUCACGUUUACAAAAAAAAA